AUGGCGCAACGGGCAAGUCCAUGGUCUGGGACCUGUUCGGUUGCCAUGACGGUUCUUGUCAGUGCAUUGGAGUUUUUUGGUGGGAAUGGUUGUCGUGUUGGAAAACUAAAAGAGAAAAAGAUAAGAGUGGAGAUGAGCGGCGAACGUCGAGAUUCAAUCGAUCGAGAGAUGGCCGAGUUGGAGGAUGAUGGGAGAAGCACGCCCGAGAGCGUUUUCAGCCUGCCGAUUUCGCCGUUGGUGAGCAGGUUGGAGCCGAUUCCUGGUCCUUCUACGCCGAAGUUGGCACGUCGUGUUGGUGCGGAUGGGGUUGUCCAGUGUAGCAGUGAUUGGAGCGUAAAGGGCGACACCUUACGGUCCCUGACAAAACCCCCCUGGGCUUGCUCGGCUAGAUGGCGUGACGGGCAAGUCCACGGUCUGGGACCUGUCCGGUCGCCAUGA